AUGCCUAUUGGUCUGUACCUAGCCAACCAGGUGAAGUCUUACCCUCGCAAGACUAGCAGCCAUCACUCCCCUAGCUUUAUCAAUGUGAUCGCCGUAGCUGCUGGCUUCCUCGUCUAUAUCGCCAGGGUGCCUCGACGUUGCUUAAGUCUGAGCCUCGGUCUCAUGAUGAGCCGGACUCUCAGUGGCGUCCGUAUUGAUCCUUACUUCCAGGCAAACCCGAUGUCUCUCUUAGGUAGUCACGGGCCGUCGUUCUACAACCUCGCCUCGGUGAAAGGGGGAUCAGAAAGCGAUAUCGGGGCCAUGUACGGGAACUCGGUUUCAGACGGCUUUCAGUUUGCUGAUGACUGUGUUCCGCCAGCUGUGCGAGAUUCGUCCGGCAAAGUGAGGAACCAAUCGGUCCUCUCCAAAAAUCUCAAGAUGCUACCUAUGUCUACCUUCGCUACCAUCACGACUGCUGCUCAGCCUAGUCAACCCCCUUGGUAUACUCUUAUACUGCAAAUGUCCCGCGGGACCCCUUGGGCUAGUGGAGGAAGAGGCCGUCGAGACAGUGAUUUGGUCAGACCACCUGUGCAAUUCUAA